UACUCCACCAAAUACAAAAACAUGGUUUUCAAUUAAAUAUUUCGUCAAAAAUGGAUAUAAAUACUAGCGAAUAUGAAUCACAGCUUCAGAUUGUUGAAGAGUCCUUAGCAGUUACUGAAAAUCAGGAAGAACGUCUUGCACUCAAUGGUCUAAAGGCAGAUAUUUUAGAACUUAUUGCAUUAACAAAGCAGACAAAUGCAGAGCAAUCCUCUAAUAACGAUGAUGGAUGUAACUUCGACGAAGAACUAGAGCGUUUUAAGAGUGAAAUGGUACAAUUAGAUAACGUUCAAAGCGAUGCCCAAGAAGUUACCGAAGAAAAUAUUGGUGAACAGUUAACUAAGCUUAGAGUAAAACUAGAAGAUAUGGUUGGUCAGAAGUGUACUGCACCUCAUGAGCAUACCUGGGGUGCAAUUAGUUACCAUAAUGCCAUAGUCUGUGGAAUUGAAGAUACGGCAAAUAUGGAUAGUAAUGGUCAAUUAAAAGCUCGCUUACGAGUCUUGUUUACUAAUCCCACUCAUCGUGAAAUGUUGCCUUGUUCAUUCUACCUGGAAGGAGACUGCCGAUUUGACGAUGCACAGUGUCACUAUUCCCAUGGCGAGCUUAUAGAUGUCGAAAAAUUAGGUGAAUAUACUGAACCAGAUUUUACACGACUUGCUCGCAAUUGCGUUGUGCUUGCAAAAUUGCCAAAUCGCCUUUGGCAUAAAGGUCGUGUACUUUGCGCUAAUUUUAUAGAUCAAUCAUGCCGUGUACGUCUUGAUAAAAAUGAUGAUAAACGAGAAAGGGAUUUUCCCUUUGAAGAUUUGCUACCAAUAUUUCACGAUGAUGAUUUAUCCAGCGGAAGCUCUAGCGAAUCUUCUACCGAAUUGAGAGAAUUAGAAGAUUCAGGAGAUAUCAAAAACAUAAGGCAAGAAAAUUUAAUAGAACAAAGAUUGUUUGAAUAUAAACCAACACAACAACUUGGCGAGUGGGAAAAACACACGCGGGGCAUCGCAUCUAAAAUAAUGGCGAAAAUGGGAUAUGUUCACGGUUCUGGAUUAGGCUCAGACGGAAGUGGUAUUGUCAUACCUGUUACAGCACAAAUAUUACCUCAAGGCUGCUCACUUGAUCAUUGUAUGGAGUUACGCGAAGCAGCUAACGGAGAUAAAGACUUUUUCAGUAUAGAGAAAAAACUGCAACGUCAAAAGAAAAAACAGGAAAAGAUGAAUGCGAAAUCAUAUGAACGAGAAUUACAGCGAACAGAUGUAUUUUCCUUUAUUAAUGAUAAUAUAUUGGGUGGAGGAUCUGAAAUAAGGAAAGCAGUGAAAAAUGUAACACUAAGUAACGAAACCACCAAAUCGUUAAAUGUAGCAAGUGUGCGCAUUUCGGACGACAUACGACGAAAAGAGCGAGAAAUUGCAAAGUUACAUCAAUCGAUGGAUCGUAACUCUGUUGGCUCAGACCUAUACAAACGGACUCAACAACAAUUGCAAAUUAAAGCACAGGAACUGAAAGCUUUACAAAAAGAGGAAACUAUUCUUUCUAAAGAACAAGUUUCACGAAAAACUAAAGAUAAACUAUGCGUAUUUUAAGAUGAACUGUAAAUGCUUUCUUGCGUAUAAUAUAAAAAAAAAUUUAAAGCUACAUACAUAUAUAUGUAUGUAUAUGAAA